UGAGUGGUGGAGAACAACUUAGUUCCAUAUUCGAACAAUUUCCCCCCAAAUCAGCAAGGGUAAUUCAGGCACUGAAACCCUAGAUUUAGGGUUUAAUUCCGUUGUCAAUUUGAUUCUUCAAGGAUUGAUUUUGUUUAUAAUCUCCAAAUCAGUGUUGGCGUAUCAUCAAUAAUCGGUUCCAUUGCUCUCUUUCCUUUCAAUUGGGCUUCAUCGCCCAUUGCCCAAUCAAAUCCAUGGUCAUCGCUCUACCAUGGAUUCCUCUUCCGUGCACUCCACUCACCCAAUUCAACAAGAUGAUGAAUGGGACACUGAUGGAUUUGUGAUUCCGAGUUUGGGAAUUGAAGAAUCUGAUCAAAGUAAAGAUAAUGUUAAUGUUGCAACCAUAGAAUCGCCAAACUCUACUGCAAAGGCUAAGAAGGAAGAGAUCAUCUAUCUUGGCCCACACGGAGCGCCUCCUUCACAGUCAAAACAACAAGAGGUAGUUUCAUCAAAUCGGAAGCAGCGGUUCAAGCAAAAGCUGAAAGAAGCUGAUAAGAAAAAUAGUGGGACAGGUAGGGAGAAUAAAGUGGAUAACUUGAGGGAGCUUGUGGGUGGGGGAAAAUCUAGUGGCGGUAUGGCAAAGGGAUCCUCCCCUAAGGACUGGUUAGAUCCACAUUGUCAUGAAGCUGAGUUUGAGAGGAGGUGAUUCACACAUUGAAUAUUUUAGUUUCUUUAAGUUAUUUAUUCUUGGAGAAAAUCCAUUUUAGCACCUUUUGUUAUAGUUUGUUUUGAUGCAUCACUCAAGACGCGAGUUACAGAGGUUUUGUACUCUAACAAUAAAUUCAUCACCCGGUCUUUGGAUGAUAAAGUUAUUAUGUUCAGUAGUCGGUAAUUGUACUAUAGUUCUUUGUGGAAA